AUGCCUUUCCAGAGUGAGGUCGCCUUGCAGCAGCUCUAUGUGAGGCUAGUUCGAGGCAUCUUCGAGGUGGCAGCAAAUAAGUGGUCCAAGCAGAAUGAGGACAGGGAUAUCGUGUACCACAAAUUACUCCAAAGUCUGAAGAAUGCGAACGACGAGAUUGACCAUCUCAAGAUGAACCUUGAAUCCGAGACGAUGUCUAGACGUCAAUACCAAAUUAAGAAUCACGAUAUUGAAGCUAAGAAUAAGGACUAUGAAAAGAAGGCGGCGAGGAAUCCGUAUGUAAUUGUACUUGUCGACGGCGACGGAGCCAAUUUCCAAGACAGUCUGAUGGGAGAUACCGAGACUGGUGGAUCCAGGGCGGCAUAUAGACUUAAAAAGCAGGUCGACGAGAAUCUGCGUGAAACACCAAUCGCAAAUAGUGUGGAGGUCUUUGCCAGGGUGUACGCAAACUUUCGAGGCCUUAGCAAGGUCUUGCGCCAGUCGGGCCUGGUUCGCUACAGCGACGAUAUGCAGAGGUUUGCUAGAGGUUUCACAAACACUAGGCCCGGAUUUGACUUUAUCGACGUUGACUAUGGCAAAGAAAAUGCCGACUCCAAGAUAAGACAUUUACUGAAAUGGCACUACAUGGACGAACGCUGCAAGAAGAUAUUCCUGGUCGCUUGCCAUGAUGCUGGUUACGUGCAUGAGUUGCGCCCGCUUCUCGAUGAAAAUAGCGACCGCGUGGUCCUUGUUGAAACAACGCCAGCAGAGCCGGCAUUCAAAAGUUUGGGGCUUACUAUAACGCACUUCGACGACGUCUUCCGCGAUGCGCCACUCGAACCCAAGAAUUCUUUGAACACACCGUCAUCGCCUGUGCACAGCGUACCAAAUCAUGCCCUUGAGGCAACACCCCCUAAAACUUCCGCCAUGGUCGAGCCUCAGCCUGAGCAGCGUGGACAUGCGGAACAGGGACCUGAUAGCUACGCUACAGUCUGUGGCGACAACGGAGAUCGGAAUAUUGUUAUUAGCAAAGGCAGAAAAAAAAACGAAAACCCGCUGUAA